AACUCCUAUCUUCCGAUCAUUUUUGAUCCCGAACCCUACUCCCAACUCCACAUCUCACGCGGCCUUCUCCAUCCAACUCCUCUCCGGCGAACCACUCCUCCGAACUCUCCAUCAAGACCACACCUUCAUCAAGCGACAGAUCCCGGUGUUGAGGCGAUCGACCAUGACAGAUCGACCCAUCUCUUAGCCUCCUUCUCCCCCGACGUUGAGGAGGUGACUGGUAUGAGGAGGACAAGAUGAGCGUGAGUCCAGUGCCUGCCUCGGACACCCAUGGCAACCUGGAUGAGCAGAUCGCGCAGCUCAUGCAGUGCAAGCCGCUCGCCGUACAGGAGAUCUGAGGUUGAGUGGGUUUUCUGCUCAAGCUCCUCCUCUCAGGCUAACGCAGAAGAAUGACGGUGCUUGCGAUGGCUUUCGGGGUCCUCCGACCGAGCCUUGGUCUGAAUCUGGAGCCGGGAGGUGCUGGCUUGUGGCCCACCCUUUUGAGCCACUCGCUUUUGCGCGUAGUGGAGCAGCCUUUCUCUGACGCUGCACCGUGCAUCACAGCACACGAGGGAUACGAUGCCUGAGAGCGUAGAGUUGAUGAUUUUAGUGGCUGCCAUUUUUUUCUUGCCUUAAUAGCGGCCAAAAAGAUUUGGCGUGGACGACCUAGACCUUGAUCUCUCCCCUCUCUCUCUCUCUCUCUCUCUCUCUGUCACUCUCUCAUUUUGUCCUAGGGUGCGACCUUGGCGGCGGCUGUGGGGUUGUGGGCGAUGGCUAAGAGAGUGGACAAGCAGGUAAAUCUCUUCUACUGUGCCGAGUGCGAGGAGCUCGCCAAGAAAGUGGCCGAUCACUCCGACGCCAUCCAGCUCCGGACUAUCUCUUGGAGAUGUCCAUCCCAACACACUCCUAGAGCUACAUACCCAACUGCUGUUGAGGAUGACAGUUCCAAAGAGACUGACAGAAUUCCAACACCUAAAGUGAUAAUUGAUCAAGACUCAAACCCAGAUGCAACCAUCGUCGAGGUAGCCUUUGGCGAUCGCCUUGGAGCACUACUUGACACUGUUAGGGUGCUUUGCGAAAAAGCUAAGGAGGUUUUAAUGGAAGAAAGCAAUGUUCAGGCCAACUGUUCAAUCUGUUCAAAGCUCACAAAGAUCCUAGACAAAAUCCAAUUGCUCACAAGAUUAUUUUGUGCUCUUUUGUUUUAUUUGUGAAUAUCACU